CCAAGCUCGGGCACACCGGUACCGAUGCCGAUGCUCCUCCCACUCCCCCCAGCCCAGCUCACCUAAUACGCUCUCCUCUCCCUCUAUCCACCCCCACCUCCCUCGACCCGCUCGCUCGCUCGCCCGCGCCUCGCUCCGUCCCCGGGCGAUGUCGUCGUCGUCGCCGCCGCUGUCGCCUCGCGGGGCGGAGGAGGAGGAGGAGGGGGGCGCCAGGAGCGGCGGCGGCGUUGGCGGCGGCACGGUGUUCAGCUACGGGGAGGCGGGGUACUGGGACGCGCGCUACGUGGAGGAGGGCGGCGCGCCCUACGACUGGUACCAGCGCUACGCCGCGCUGCGCCCCUUCGUCCGCCGCUCCGUGCCGCCGGACUCGCGCCUCCUCAUGAUCGGCUGCGGCUCCGCGCUUAUGUCAGAGGAUAUGGCCGCUGAUGGCUACAUGGAGAUAAUAAACAUUGACAUUUCUUCGGUUUUAAUUGAGAUGAUGAGGAAGAAGUACUUCGAUCUUCCACAGCUACAAUACAUGCAAAUGGAUGUUAGAGAUAUGAGUAAAUUCUCUGACGAAUCAUUUGAUUGUGCCAUUGAUAAAGGUACUUUGGACUCUUUGAUGUGUGGUGUGGAGGCUCCUCUCAGCGCAGCUCAGAUGGUCCUGGAAGUGGACAGGCUACUUAAACCAGGGGGAGUCUUUAUGUUGAUAACUUAUGGUGAUCCAUCAGCGCGAAUUCCUCACCUGAACCAACCAGUAUGCAGUUGGAAAAUUGUACUGUACAUUCUGCCAAGACCUGGAUUCAAGGGAAACAUAAGAAGAUCUGUCUUCGACCCUGUUCCACUUACUGAGAGUGGUAGAUUGCCCGAGGGCUUUGUUCUGGAGGAUCCUGACUCUCAUUAUAUUUAUGUCUGCAAAAAGGGCCAAGAAUUAACAGGGAUAGAUUCUCCAACGUUAAGCCACUUGAAGUUGCAAGAUUCCGAGUGAGCUGUAGGAUAAUUCAUCUCACAAUAUUUGUGCAUUGUUGUGAUCCUUACAAGAUCAAACAGCGUGAUGCUGCCACCAUUAUGGCCAUCCAAAAAUAGAAAGUGUGCCUUUGCACGAGUAUAAUUUUUUUCAGUGAUCUUGUAAGAAUCAUCAAGUUAUUAUAUUGUGUUACCACUGGUUGUAAUGCGGUGCUGGAAGGAGGAUAUGAUUGUUUGGCACAUUUGAGGAACAGAAUUUGUCCCAGUUUCAUUCUCUGUGGAAUAGGAAAGAAAUUGCCAUUAUUUGUUGA